AUGAUGCUCCCCAUCGCAGUUUCUGUUUUCGUCCUCCUUUGGGUUAUUCUUGCAGCUAGGACAUCAAGACCAACACCAUCAUCUUCAACCGCUCGCUCCAACCGAGCUUGUCCCAACUCUAACUUCUUUCCUCCCCUUUUCCACAAAGUCAUUUUCCCUUCCCCUCGGCACAGACAGAUAAACUCAAUCUCACAAAAAGCAUGGCAAAAUCCAAGAAAUCUCAUCUCAUCUCAUCUCAUCUCGCUUGUCUGGCCUCCCCUCCCCUUCCCUUCCAUACUCACCAACACCAUUCUUCAUAACCGAAAGUACAUAACCACUACUGCACACCUACUGCAAGUCAACGGCAUCAUCCUAACCUCCUAA